AUGGGCAAGGUCAAGUACGUCCUCCUCGACUGCGACAACACGCUCUGCCAGUCGGAGCGCCUCGCCUUCGAAGCAUGUGCCGAUCUCACCAACGAGGUCAUGAAGAAGCACAACAUCGACGCUACCUACGACACCGACUCCCUCCUCGAGGACUUCGUCGGCCACAACUUCCGCAACAUGCUCGUCGGGCUGCAGAAGAAGCACAACUUCGAGAUGUCCAAGGAGGAGCAGGACGACUUUGUCGAGCGUGAGCUUGGCGAGGUCACCAAGAAGCUCUCCCAGAAGUGCACCGAGUGCCCAGGUGUGACCGAGCAGCUCGAGUGGAUCCAGGCCCAGGGCUACCCGAUGUCCGUCGUCUCGACCUCUGCUAAGCCGCGUGUCGUCGCCUCGCUCGAGAAGUGCAACCUCAUGCGCUUCUUCAAGCCCGAGCACGUCUACUCCGCCGCCUCCUCCCUCAACCCACCAUCCUCCAAGCCCGACCCCGCCAUCUACCUCCACGCCUGCAAGGAGCUCGGUGUCAAGCCGGAGGAGUGCGUCACCGUCGAGGACAGCAAGUCCGGCUCCACCGCCGCCAUGCGUGCCAACAUCCCGCUCGUCGCCUACGUCGGCAUCUACAACAUCGAGGAGGGCAAGGAGAAGAUGGACCAGAUGGCCAAGACCCUCACCGACACGUGCAACGCCAAGGUGGUGAUGUACGACUGGAAGGAGUGGCCCGAGGUCCUCAAGAAGAUUGAGGCUUAA